AUGACCGACUAUUCUGAUGUUUCCGCUAAUAACGUUAACUCUUUGGGUAGAGCUUUUUAUCUCCGAGGUGACGAAGGCAACGUGGGUGUAUGGUACGAAACAAUUCAAUUUAUCGCUUUUAGGCACAUGCUGCCAAGAUCGCUUUCUUACAAAUAUCGUGAGAAAGGGAUCCAUCCACAAGAUGAAGACAUCGAAGAAUCUUUAUCUGAUGAGAAACACCCUAUCGUAGUAUAUCUGCAUGGAAAUUCUUUUGAUAGGACUAUCGGACAUCGAGUUGAGUUAUACAAUGUUUUGAACAAACUUGAAUAUCAUGUGGUAGCGUUUGAUUAUCGGGGAUACGGCGACUCAGACGGCGAUCCGUCGGAGAAAGGACUAGUCAAUGAUAGUCUCCUCGUUUACGAGUAUGUGAAACAGCAUUGCGGUAAUAAUACCGUCAUAAUAUGGGGCCACUCUAUGGGGACUGGCGUUGCCGUCCAUCUUGUGAAAAAUCUCUGUGUAGAAGGUAAUCCUCCUGAAGGUCUUGUCCUCGAGUCGCCAUUCAACAAUCUUGGAGACGCUAUAAUGGGGCACGUACUGGGCAUACCUUUACGCUGGAUGUCUGAUGAUUUGCUGCCGAAUUCCAAAGUAAGUGCUGUGUCUCGAUUUUUCUUUUCACAUUUAGAUGUAAUUUUCAGUAUAACAUGUCCUAUACUUAUGUUGCAUGCUGAAAAUGACCAUGUGAUUCCAGUCACUCUAGCACGAAAGCUCAGGGAUGCCGCCGUGGCUUCGCAGCGUGAUAUCAAAUAUGUAGAGUUUGAAACGGCGAAGAACUACAAACACAAAUUCAUUUAUAUGGCCCCCGAGCUCUCCACUCUUAUUCCGUAAGU